AAUUUCAAAAUCAAUCCUUUAAUCUCUGAACCAAGAAACAUUUUAUUUGUAAUGACUAUCAAAACAAGUUCACCUUAUCAACAUCUCACAUCAACAUAAACUAAUUCAUAGUGUCCGCAUGGUUAAGAAUAGUUUCGCACUUUCACUCUCCAUAACUAAGGCAUUUGGUGCUGCUAGUGGAUUUCUUGCGUUUCCAUGUUCCAACGUUUCUUCGGGACAGUUUCGCUAUUCUCUGGUUCUAGAUCUAUAAACCCUCUAUUAAGCAGUAUCGUCGCCAGCCGUGCUUCCUCGUCUGCCGCAGCAAAAAUGAGUCUGGAUCUGGCCAAAAAGAUUGCCGCCUUCAAAGCCGUCGACGAGUACGUGCGGGAUAACACGGUGGUCGGAGUGGGCAGCGGUUCCACCGUGGUCUACGCCGUGCAACGCCUGGCCGAGCGGGUUAAAACCGAAGGAUUGAAGCUGGUAUGCAUUCCCACUAGCUUCCAGGCGCGCCAGUUGAUUAUCGAAAGCGGCCUAGUGCUGGGCGACUUGGAGCAACACCCGAAGAUCCAUUGUGCCAUCGAUGGGGCCGAUGAAGUGGACGCUGACAUGGUCCUGAUCAAAGGUGGUGGAGGCUGUCUGCUGCAGGAGAAGAUUGUGGCAUCCUGUGCGGAUCAGCUGGUGGUCAUUGCUGAUUAUACGAAGAAUUCCAAGAAACUAGGAGAGCAGUACAAAAAAGGCAUUCCAAUCGAGGUGGUUCCAAUGGCGUACGUUCCGAUCAGGAACAAAGUGGCGGCCAAAUAUGGAGGAAGUCUGAAGCUACGGAUGGCCGUGGCGAAAGCUGGUCCUGUCGUCACUGACAACGGUAACUUUAUUCUGGAUUGGCACUUCCCGGAAGAAAAGUUCGAUUGGGACGUCGUCAAUCGUGACAUAAUGAUGAUUCCUGGAGUAGUGGAGACGGGGCUGUUUGUAAAAAUGGCAACGAAAGCCUAUUUUGGCCUUGCCGAUGGAUCUGUGACUGAAAGAAGCGCCUAGGGUUAUGGUAUCUCACUCGUAAAGUUUAUUCAAUUUCGCUGCUUUUUUAUCGUUAUGUUCAAUAAAUAAAAAUAAUACAACAAAAACAA